AUGGACAUCUCUGUUCUUCCCAACAACAACCACCCGGAGAAGUUCCUUCAGCUGGAUGUAGGGAUGCUGCCGGCCACACACGGCAUGUUCCAGGUCGGGGCAGUCAUGUCCAGUCACAGACACUGGCAGAACAGGGUCUACUUCCAGAGGGAGCAAAGGGUGAAGACUGACAGCAGGUCGCCUCCAUCACCAGAGGGCACUCCUGUGGUGUUUGUGGACAGAUAUCUGGAGAAGCACAUCACUCCAGUCACUCUGAAGUCCAACAUUAAGACGAACCCUCUGUACAUGGACAUGAGAUCAAUGGACGCAGUGGACAAGGAGAAGUCCAAGCCUUCCUGGACUGUCAGGGAGUACGACACACAAACAGUCCACGGCAACCUCGCAGACUAUUUAAAGAAGACUCCUAAAGAUCUGGACUUUUGGCUGGAGGAUCUCUACACACCAGGAUUUGAUUCUUUACUGAAGAAGAAAGAAGCAGAACAGAAAAAGAAAAAACUUUGCUUUGUGGGAAUGGGAGACCAGCAGUCCAUCAUAUACCCAGACGGCAAACAAGCACAUGAGUGCAAAAACUCAAGUCUACUGCGGCGCUAA